AUGUCUUCUGAUGCUCCCGAGACUGACAUAGACGAGCAAACGCAACACGAGGCAGAAGUUGCGGCUGUUCUGGAUGUCGAUGUGGCACCUGAAGCUGACCUUGAUGGUGACGAGUGGGGCGAUCUCGAUGCUGAGGAUUUUGAUGAUCCAUUGAUGAUCUUCAAGUACAUGAAGCAGACUGAGCUUAUAACACUUCCUCAUCCGAAAUACAUGGCAUUGCAAAAAGAGCUGGCCUGGUCGAUGCAUGGAAUCCUUCUCGAUUGGCUGGUGUUCUUGUCAGCAUGUGUCGUCUCCCUCACUAAACUUCAACUCAUGGGCAUUACAUCAUGUCUCUCCAUUGCUUCCAAAGAGCGGUACAUCCUGAAAACAAUCGAUUGGAACUUGAGCUAUCCGAACCUGAUGCACUUCCUGCGCCACACACGCAAAUCGGAUGAUCACAAUGGGGAAACACUGGAGUGGCAGUUGCUGGCCACGCCACCUUCCCUGCUGCUGCUGCGCUGA